CACUAUAUAGUAAUAGUAAUAUAGUAUCUACUUUUCAGUAAUCAGUUAUCAUUAACCAGCCGAGCACGGCGGUUUGUUAUUUGUUCCGCCUUCCGCGCUAUUUCCCUAAAUUAGUGAUAGUGUUAGGUGUUGAAACUUGAAACUAAUAUUGUGCUUGUUAACUUGGUUUUUGAAGGUACUUAAGUUAAAUACCGGUUCACACAGACGUUUUUUGUAUAAAUAAAUAACGCUCGCACGAGGUGAAUAUCGAAACUGUUUCCUCACGUAGUUUUCAAUUUUUUUAUUUUUUUUAAAAAAAAUUCGGGUUUUUGCGCAAUUAUGGGUCUAUUGACAGAAGGGCAACCACUCACCUGGGAAGAGACGAAACAAUUAGCCGAUCACGUCAGACAACACGGCAUUGAUCAAUUUCUGAAUUUGUACCAUCAACUAUUGGAUCGUAAAGGAGAUGUAUUGAAAUGGGGUGAUGAGGUCGAAUACAUAAUCGUCAAAUUUGAUCAUACGAACAAAAUUGCAAGAGUUAGACUUUGUGCACAAGAUAUUUUAGGCCAACUGAAUGAAAAAGAAGCAAAUGACCCACAUAAUGUAAAAUCGCUGUGGAGACCUGAAUACGGGGCUUACAUGAUUGAGGGCACUCCUGGAAAACCAUAUGGUGGCCUUUUGGCCCAUUUUAACAUAGUAGAGGCGAAUAUGCGGUACCGCAGAGAGGAAGCACAACAAUUACUCGGGCCGGACGAGGUGCUGAUGACCAUCACGAAUUUCCCCAGGCUUGGAUGUCCAGAGUUCACGUGGCCCGUGGAUCAGCCGACACCCAAGAUUGGCGCUUCGCGUUCGCUGUUCAUACCGGACUCGGCGAUUUACAAAGGACAUCCGAGGUUCUCUACGCUCACCAGGAAUAUACGGCAACGGAGAGGGGAGCGAGUGGCCAUAAACAUUCCGAUAUUCAAAGAUGAAAACACUCAGAAUCCGUUCGAAGAAGAUUUGAUUAGUAUCGGCGGGGAUGCGGACAGUUUGAACGCGGCAUUACCCGAUCACGUAUACAUGGAUGCCAUGGCAUUCGGCAUGGGCUGUUGCUGUUUACAGAUGACGUUUCAAGUACGCAAUAAUAUGAUGACCGCAUGUUGUAUCAAAGAAGCCCGAACUCUUUAUGAUCAGCUCACUCCGCUGUGUCCAAUUUUGUUAGCAUUGACGGCGGCAUCGCCUGUAUUUCGAGGGUACUUAACAGACGUAGACUGUCGCUGGGAUGUGAUAUCACGGUCCGUGGACUGCCGCACGCGACAAGAAAGGGGAUUGGAGCCGUUGACCACAGACAAGUUCGUUAUACCCAAAUCGCGUUACGACUCUACCACGUUGUACCUAUCAAGCCAAGGAGAAAAGUUUAACGACGUGUCACUGGUAUACGACAAAACGAUCUACAACAAACUUAAGAGCGCCGACAUCGAUCAUCAGAUGGCUCAGCACGUAGCGCACCUAUUCAUCCGAGAUACUGUAUCUCUGUUUAACGAGAAAGUGCAUCAAGAUGAUACUGUCGAGAUGGAUCACUUUGAAAACAUACAGUCAACUAAUUGGCAGACAAUGCGGUUUAAGCCUCCGCCUCCUAAGUCAACAAUCGGUUGGCGCGUGGAAUUCAGACCAUGUGAAGUGCAACUAACCGAUUUUGAAAACGCCGCGAUCGUGUGCUUCGUCGUCCUACUCACUAGGGUUAUUUUGUCGUAUCAAUUAAACUUCAUCAUUCCCAUUAGUAAAGUGGACGAGAAUAUGUCAAAAGCUCAAAAGCGAUCUGCUGCUCUAACGGAGAAGUUUUGGUUUCGUAAAAACAUUGCUGCAUCUACAUCUAAAACCGCAAACGUUGACGUAAAUGGUUCCCACGACGAUGCCUCUUACACGACAAUGUCCAUAAACGAAAUCAUCAACGGAAAAAUGGGCGAAUUCCCCGGUCUCAUUCCGUUGAUUCACAGUUACUUGUCCAGUAUGGAAGUCGAUACAGACACGCAUUGCACCAUCCAACAGUAUCUAAAGCUCAUUUCACGCCGUGCGUCCGGCCAAAUCGAUACGACGGCUAGUUGGAUACGUCGGUUUAUCCAAGAACAUCCGUCGUACAAACGAGACUCCGUCGUUAGCAAUGAAAUCAAUUACGACUUAUUAAUGACGGCCGAUGGCAUCCAGUCCGGUCGCAUUUCUUGUCCUCGACUUUUGGGAGACUGUCUGCUGGCUAACUCUAAAACAAAGGAAACAAUACCGCCGGCCGUGCAAAAGGUAUAUUCUUGUACUCCGUAGACGUACAUACCUAUAUUGCUGUUAUCCUGUUUGUUCUAAUAUAUUUUAUGUACACCGUAAUUAUUCAAUAAUAAUUUUUGUGCUUUAUUGAAGUACCAUCAAUAACAAUGAAUAACACUAUGUUUUAUGAAAAUAAGAGUUUAUUUAAUACUUUACAUUUUUAUACUUUAUAUAUAGUAUGUAUAAUUGAGUAAUAAAAGUAACAUAAUAUACGUGAGAUAAAAUAGGGCAUAUUGGGAAUUAUUAGGAAAAAACAUUAUACCUAUAUUGUAUAAGGUACAAACACACACAUACAAGUUACUUUUUUUUUAAAUGUUUAUUAUUUUAAUAUAUUAUUGUAUACUUUAAAAAAUAAAAGUUAUUUGACAUGCUAGUCGCUGUCAUCAUUUAUAAAGUA